CAGCACAAGGUCUUAGCGUUAUUGAUCAAAGACCAGCUCGGAGGUGCACUCUCACGAUGUGGGGAAUGGAGAGAAGCCGAGAAGACUCAGCGACAGGUCCUAGAACUUCGAACUGAGGUUCUAGGACCACGGCAUCCCGAUACGAUCGUCGCAAUGAACAACCUUGCAUCAACACUCGGUCACCGUGGUCAACUAGAAGAAGCCGAGAAGAUUCAGCAACAGGUCCUAGAACUUCGAACUGAGGUUCUAGGACCACGGCAUCCCCAUACGAUCGUCGCAAUGAACAACCUCGCAUCGACACUCCAUGACCGUGGUCAACUAGAAGAGGCCAAGACGAUUCAGCGACAGGUCGUAGAACUUCAAACUGAGGUUCUAGGACCACGGCAUCCCCGUACAAUCCUCGCAAUGAACAACCUUGCAUUGACACUCCGUGACCGUGGUCAACUAGAAGAAGCCGAGAAGAUUCAGCGACAGGUCCUAGAACUUCAAACUGAGGUUCUAGGACCACGGCAUCCCGAUACAAUCGUCGCAAUGAAUAACCUCGCAUUGACACUCGGUGACCGUGGUCAACUAGAAGAAGCCGAGGAGAUUCAGCGACAGGUCCUAGAACUUCGAACUGAG